AUGGAACAUCAAUUAUUUAUCCACUGUGAAUCAUACCUCAUUAUCAUAUGCCGCCGGUGCAAGCACGCUGUGUGGCCAACCGAGAUUGAACGGCAUCUGAAAGGCAAGGCCCAUCAGCUAAAGCAUGCGGUGGUUCAGCAGAUAAAGGAGAACAUUGAACAGUGGGACAAUGUGGCUCGAGAUACUACACAGUUAACACUGCCCACAAUACUGAAUGAACCAAUCCCGGAACUACCCAUUCAUGAUGGCUACAGGUGCCAGCGGGAUCCCCAGUGCCAGUAUGUGGCAGGGAACAUGAACACCAUGCGCAAGCACUGGCAGAACAAGCACAGCUGGUCGCCAUAUCCCAGCCGUGGCCGUACAGCGCCACAAAAGCGUACGGCAGCACAGGAUGAGGUGGACAGAUCAUGCCAGAAGGUGCAGUUCCAGCAGGUAUUUGCAUCGCGCAAGGGCUCCCACUACAUACAGAUCCAGACUAAGGAGACUACUGAGCACACCGGCACGCCAGACCAGAACAGAGCCAGCCAUGUCAUUGAUGAGCUGGAGCGGUUUUACCGGGAACAGCAACGGCAGACCAGCAAUGUCAUCCAGGCCGGGGAGCACGAUGAAGCCAACCCAUGGCUGCGGCGGACCAGAUGGCCGGUGUACUUGACCAACAUCGCACCCAAUGAUCUGGUCAACUGCGUGCAGCGGCCCGAGGAUGACACCACGUGCCCAGAUGAACUGGCCGCGAGGGCCAUCGGGAGGCCAUGGGGCAGGUUGCCCGUACCAGCCAGCGAGUCAUCACACGGCUGGGCCACUUCGUCCGCAUCGAGGCCAUCCGCACAGAGCGACACCAGACCCGGCACACCCCGUUGCAGGCAUACAUGGACGAGGAGAGGAGAGCAUCGCCGAGCACGUGAGGCCAUGGCAGCAGAUGUUGAUGUUUUUCGCCCGAACGCAGGUCGAGCAUGA